AUGUCGUCGUUUCUUCUUCUUCGGUGGCUUCAUCAACUUCAGGUGGAUGCUCUGUUACCUCCGCCGGAGAAGACGAUGAACAGAGCUCGAGUAUCUCUUCCGGUUGUUUUAGCAGCUAAUCAAAUCUCCGAAACCGAAACGGAAACGGAAACUUCAACAUUCAUCACCACCAAUUUCAGGAAAGAGAGAAACCCAGUGAUGAAAUCAUCAUCGGCGACGGAGAAGGAUAAUCGGAGAAAAUCACCGGAAGUGAGAAAAACUCCGACGCCGGCGGAGAUUGAGGAGUUUUUCUCGGAGCUAGAGAACGACGAUAAGCAGAAACGAUUCAUAGAGAAGUGA